UUUCACUGAAGAGAGUCACGCACGCCCGUCCACCCAGAGGUGCGGUGGUCCAGCUGAGGCGGGGCGAUCAUGCAGGAGUGUAGCAGAAACGGUGACCCUGAGGACCUCCAGCAGGAGGCCAAAAAUGACCAGGAGGAGUCCCUGGACACUGUCUCGACCAGCAGCAAGGCUGAGAAACCUCCUUACUCGUACGUGGCGUUGAUCGCCAUGGCCAUCCGCGAGAGCGCGGAGAGAAAACUGACCCUCAGCGGCAUUUACCAGUUCAUCGUGUCCAGGUUCCCGUACUAUGAGAAGAACAAGAAGGGCUGGCAGAACAGCAUCCGCCACAACCUGAGCCUCAACGAGUGUUUCGUAAAGGUACCUCGAGAUGGAAGAGGAGGUGGUCGUGAAGGUGGAGGUGGAGGGGCGGACAGGAAAGGAAACUUUUGGACCCUGGAUCCCGCCUUCGAGGACAUGUUCGAGGAGGGGAACUACAGACGCAGGAGGAGAGUCAGGAGAGGCCCCCGACCUCCCCCAUCGCCCUGCUGGCCACAGCCGUGCGCGCUGACGCCCUACGACCUGCAGCAGCAGCAGCAGCCGACGCCACCGCACGCGCGUGCCGAUGCCCAUCUCUGUUAUUACCCCGCUGGAUCCCCUCUUUACCCCUUUUACCCCAUGCACUCUCUGCACCCCCUCCACGCGCCCUACGGCCACUACCAGCGGCACCAGGGCGCCCCACUGCCCGACAGCGCCCCCUACCUGCAGCACGAGUAUAGCCUGGACCAGUCCUUCGAGUAGGCAGUAAAUAAUCGAGGAGCAGAUUUGGACGCCUAACAGACUCGGCAGGUCGGUAAUGCUCCUCCAUUCAAGCUGUGGAGGUGAGAAGUGCUGCAUUGGUUUUGCAGGACUGGACUCAUUUAAUAACAGUGAGAAAGUAACUAAGCGAGUCAAUGAGAUUUGGAUGUGCAGCAGACUUGUAGCAGGUCAGUAAGGUGGAAACGUAUAUAUGUGUUUUCAAAUCUUCCUUCUUUUAGGCUGCAGAUGUGGAAAAUGUUCACUACCAGUGUAGAUGUAUUAUUUUCAGGAAAUACUGACAAUAAUUAAAGGAAUAGUAGCCUAUGGCGAAAAAUUAACCCCCCCCCCACCAUAAAAACAGAUAUGUUUGGUGUCUUAAAGAGGAAUUCCACUGAUUUUUUCACAUU